CCAAAGUAAUCAUUUUAAUCAUGAUUUUCUGAGUAAAAGUAGGAUUACUAAUUCAACCCAAUACCCAUACACUAAAUAUAGGUAAUUACAUUACCAAAAAUCAGUAAUCCUUUGGAGAAAGUUUCUGCUAUCUGGAUGUGAGAAAACCCAUAUCUCUACUACUGAACUCAGACCUAAUGAAACCUCAAGAAAGUCCUUUCAGGUGUAUUCCUGUGGAUCCAACCGCAAACCAGAUGACAUCAAAUCAAGUCUUAGAUUCGAGUUCUUCCUAUCUUAUUUGCCAAGAUCUUCUCAAAGUUAGAUCUGUGUCUUCUGCUAGUCAUUCUUUAUGUGGAAACCCAAAUCAUAUAAACCCAAUUCAAAUUAAAGAAGAUGAAAAAGUAGGUGAAGAGAUUUCGAAAGAGGAAGAAUCAGUGUGUAGAAUAUGCUUUGGUGUUUGUGAAGAAGGAAAUACAUUAAGGAUGGGAUGCAGCUGUAAAGGUGCUCUUAGACUUGUACAUGAAGAAUGUUUAGUUAAGUGGUUUAACAUGAAGGGAAACAGGAUGUGUGAUGUUUGUGGUAAAGAGGUUUCUAACUUAACAAUGAAUUUGCUUCAACAACCUAUUCAUAAUCGAAGAAAUAAUGCACACGAGACUAAUCAACAAUACUUGUAUUCAAGAAAGAUGAGUGCCUGGCAGGAAUUUAUGUUAAUUUUCAUAUCCAGUACGAUGUGGUAUUUCUUCUUCCUCGAGCUGCUAAUGAUUCAUGACAUGCAAGCGAAAGUGAUCAUUGUAGCCGCACCAUUCUCUGUUGUAUUGGGCCUUUUAGCAUCAAUUCUUGCAGUUUCUCUAGCUAUCAAGGAGUAUAUAUGGAAAUACACAAUUCUUGAGUGGGGAUUUGUGGCUAUAAUUCUUCUGUACUUGUAUUAUGUGCUUAAUGUUGAAGUGGUUUAUGUGAUAACCUUAUCGUCGGCUAUGGGGUUUGGGAUCGUGAUUGGUCUCAACUUUCUCUACAUUCAAUAUUCUACCAGUCUAUUCGACGUUACUGAAAACUAUUUCCCAGCAUGAAUUCCAGAUUCUCGAACCCUACAACAACCUUUAACUGCAAUUGAUUGUAAUGUCUAUAGAUAUUAUCGUAUUGAUAGAUGAAAUCGUGUUUGAAAACUGAAUUUAGUGCCACCUUAAGACCCAUUUCUGAUUGUUUUCCAUUUCCUUAGGCAACUCAAGAUUAGUGUAAUCCACUUUGUUAGAAAAAAAAUCAAACAUUUUA